AUGAUUCAUGUCCUUUAUUCUGUUUGCAGUGCUUCAAUUCUGUUGCGCGAGUUCUCAAUUGAACACCUCCCUACAUUGACCAAGGACAUACCAGAAAUAGUGAAUCUCAUCAUUACCUCAGCUUCUGUGACUACUUAUGAUCAGAUUGCUAAGCAGCUUCUCAGAAUGCUUCUGUGUGUCAUGCAGAGAACGGAUGGCCACUUGUGGGGCAGUGUAGUGCAACGAUUGCUUUCAGAGUCAGGGAAAGAGGCCAGUCUAUUCACGCGGUCAUAUUUGGAUGAUGGUCUUUUACUGUUAUUAACAGAAGCGCUCAAUAGUGGUGCCGUUUCCGCUGAUUGCAUACCAGUGAGGGUGUUACGUUGUGCCGAUCGUUCCUUGCAUUCCCCUUCUCACAUAUGUCGAUGUGCAGCAAUAGGAUUCCAUGUUGCUAGAGUAAUGAGCAGAAGACCAGAUUCCAACUCUCUGUUGGUGCUGGAAAAGUUGCUGUGUCAAAUGACCACGGACAUGGAUUCGAGAGUGCGACUCUCAGCUAUUGAAGGAAUCUCGGCGAUGAGCAGAAUUGAGGAUGGCUUAACGGUCCAUGCUUUCAACACAGUCAAAAAUUUGGUUAGCGAUUCUCACAAGCAGGUGCGUAUCAUCGCUUUGCGUAUUCUUCUCAUGUUUGCCAAUAAGAUGCCUAAUUUUCUGAUUGCCAGCAAUUUCUCAAACACAAAUGACGCAAAACUACAACUUUGUGACGAUGCAUUCUCUGUAGUUUGCAAUGCUGUCAAUGAUCAGGAGCCUAUGGUAAGAACUGAAGCAGCUACCAUACUAGGGCAGUUCACUAAAGUUUCUGAUGCAUUCCUUGAACAAACGCUUGACAAAAAGAUGAUGAAGACCGUCCAAGAUGCAAGUGGGAGAGAGCAGGUGAAGAAAGUUCAUCAAUCCAAAUUUUCCAUCAUGCAACCACCUCAGCAACGGGAGUCACGCUGGAAAUCUCACUAUCAGAGCCAAGCACGUCAAAAGCAGUAUGCUUCGGAAUGGUCAUCUGGGAAGGAAUUGAAUGCACGCUGCCCGUCCGCAAUAGCUGCCGCGUCGUCUGAAGAAGACUCUGAAAGUAUUGUUCCGCGAGGAGCAUGCGGUGCUUUCGUAACAGCAUUAGAGGAUGAAUUCAUGUCUGUGCGUAGAGCAGCUGUCUACUCGCUUGGUCGUUUGGCAGCAAACAGACCAGCAUUCGCCACCACUGCUUUGGAUCAUCUGUCUGAUAUGUUUAACGACGAGAUCGUUGAGGUAUCUUCAUGCAGAAACAUCUUUGUUUUUGUUCAUUCUUACUUUCAAGGUCCGUCUCGAUGCAAUUGCUGCUUUGACUCCGCUAAUUGUGCAUGGAGAGUUGCAGAAAGAACAACUAGAAACUGUUCUGAAAUGCUUAGACGUGAGUUGUACUGAAU